AGCGAAGAUGUCUAACGAGCCGCCCCCUCCAUAUCCUGGGGGCCCCACAGCCCCCCUUCUGGAGGAGAAAAGCGGAGCCCCACCAGCUUCAGGCCGUGCCUCCCCCGCCGUGAUGCAGCCCCCACCAGGCCUGCCUCUGCCUCCUACAGACAUCGGUCCCCCACCCUACGAGCCACCCAGUCACCCUGUGCUCCAGCCUGGUUUUGUCCCUCCCCACAUGAAUACAGAUGGUGCCUACGUGCCCCCAGGUUUCUACCCACCUCCAGGUCCCCACCCACCAAUGGGCUACUAUCCACCAGGACCCUACCCUCCUGGACCCUACCCUGGCCCUGGAGGCCACACUGCUACAGUCCUGGUCCCUUCAGGGGCUGCCACCACAGUGACAGUGCUCCAGGGAGAGAUCUUUGAGGGUGCUCCAGUGCAGACGGUGUGUCCCCACUGCCAGCAGGCCAUCACCACCAAGAUCUCUUAUGAGAUUGGCCUGAUGAACUUCGUGCUGGGCUUCUUCUGCUGCUUCAUGGGAUGUGACUUGGGCUGCUGCUUGAUCCCCUGCCUCAUCAACGACUUCAAAGAUGUGACCCACACGUGCCCCAACUGCAAAGCCUACAUCUACACGUACAAACGCCUGUGCUAA